AUGACUUCCUCAAAUGGGCUGACCGACCGCGAUGCUCUUGCCGCAAGGUCGAUUCCAUCCAUGAUCCUCAGUGACGGCAGCCCCGCUUCGAUGACCCCGCCCCCAACUUCAACAUUCGAGGCCGACCCUGCUGUUAGUGCCCAGAAGAGAUUCUCCGUUCGAGGAAACGCUGUUGUUACGGGAGGUUCCGGGACGCUAGGCCUUCAAUCCUGCGAAGCUUUGCUUGAACAUGGCCUCCAAGGCCUCAUGAUCUUCGAUGUCAAUCCUGCAACAAGCCGAAAGGAAAUUACAAGAUUGAGGUCGAAGUUUCCCAGCGCUAAGAUUUGCACUCAACAAGUUGAUGUCACUGCCGAAGAUGCAGUUCGCGAGGCAAUGGAGGAAACUGUUCGCCUACUUGGAUCGGUUGAUACCCUUGUUUGCUUUGUCGGGGUUGUGGGUUGUAUCGAAACCCUCGAGAUGCCCGUCUCCCAAUGGCGGAAGAUCCUCGACAUCAAUACUACUGGAGCCUUUAUCUGCGCUCAGGCAGCUGCACGAGAGAUGGUCAAGAAAGGUACCGGAGGCUCAAUCACCUUUGUGGCAUCAAUCUCUGCCCAUCGCGUGAAUUACCCACAGCCUCAAGUGGCGUACAAUGUUAGCAAGGCUGCUCUGCUGAUGCUCAAAAGCUCCCUUGCUGCAGAGUGGGCUCGUUACGGUAUAAGAACCAACAGUGUGAGCCCGGGAUAUAUGGAUACAAUCUUGAACGAAGGCAAGGGACUAGAUGCCCACAGGCGGAUCUGGGCUGAGCGUAACCCAAGUGGACGAAUGGGAAGCCCAUCUGAGCUGACAGGAGCAAUCGUGCUCCUUGCUAGCUCCGCCGGGACUUACAUGAAUGGGACGGACAUUCUUGUUGAUGGAGGUGCAACUGUGUUUUAG